AUGGUUGCCUUCAAGGUUCUCGUCGCUGCCGCGCUCGCCUGCGUUGUUGUUGCCCACGAUACUCCCCAUGACACCGCUUGUGUCGCCCCAGUCACCGUGACUGUCACCGAGACCGUGUGCGGCGCGCCUGGUGUGCCUGUCCACACUCCUCCCGCGGCUCCCUCCUACGAGGCGCCUCCACCAGCUCCUCCGGUCACUUCGGUCGAGUCUACGGCGACUGCUCCUCUGAGCGGCCCUCCGGUCGAGACCGCCACCGUCAUCCCACCUGCUCCCCCUGCGGAGACUGGUGUCCCGUCUGUUGGUGUCCCUCCUGUUGGUGUCCCUCCUGCUGUCCCCUCUUCCGGUGUGGUCCCUUCUUCUGGCGUGGCUCCCUCGUCCGGCAUCGAGACCUCCACUGCGUCGGCUCCUGGUACGACUACGGCUCCCUCCUCCACGGCUGCCGUUACUCGUCCCUCCUCAUCAACUAGCACUCCGGCGGAAGUCUCGACUGCUGGUGCUGUCCUGCCCACUCCAUACCUUGGUCUGGGCUCGCUGAUCGCUGCUGGUGCUGCAGCAAUGGCCUUCAUCGCCUAG